AUGGCCAAGAAAUUAAUAAAAUCAAUUAAUAUUGAAAUAAAUUGUAUCAUUUGGAGCAGACGUUUGUCGAAACAUUGAAUCCGUCGUUUGGUUUCAUUACAAGGCAGGUGCUUGAUUUUUAUUUUGUAAAGCCGCAUCGAUGACCAUUUAUGGUCUUUUUCUGAGCUAUCAGUCAUGUAUGCAGGUCGUCAUAUCUCCAUAUUUUGGCCCAUUUCAUUUCUUUCAUUUUUCACGUAGUGUUUACGUUUGAAUAGACACGUGGCACACAGUAAAAUAGUGUCCUGUUGUCAGGUUUAGCUGAUGAUCCUUCAAAAUCCAAGGAGGGAACACAAACGGCGAGCCAUUCGAAUUCCGGCAGCAGUAAGGGGCUUAAUGCACUUUACAUAUCCAUUGGAGUGGUUGCUGUCAUCUUGCUUGCGGUCUUUUUGUUCAAGCAAUGGCAGAAGAAAAAGAGGGAAGAACAACAUGCUCGUCUGCUAAGACUGUUUGAAGAGGAUGAUGAGCUUGAGCUAGAGCUUGGUCUUCGGGAUUAA